AUGUUCCUUUUUAGAAACGUUCCUAACGUCGCUGCUUUUUCUGCUCGCGCUACUCGGAGCAAGAGCAGCACUACCACUGCUUUUCACGCGAGGAAGACGACGAUCGUUGUCAGAGCGAUGUCUGCGGAUGCCGGUCCGAGGGAUUUGAUCGAUUUAAGAGUGGGAAAAGUGACGAAAUGUACGGUGCAUCCAGACGCGGAUAAACUGUACGUCGAAGAGAUUGAUUUACGAGAAGCGGAAGGGCCGAGGACGAUUUGCAGCGGGUUAGUUCCGUUCAUGAAAGAAGAAGAUAUCUUGGGGAAAAAUGUCAUAGUGGUGGCAAACUUGAAGGCGAGGAAUAUGCAAGGGGUGAAGUCGCACGGCAUGUUAUUAGCGGCCUCGAACGAGACGCACGAUAAGGUGGAGUUGUUAGUUGCGCCGGAAAAUGCAAAGUUAGGGUCGCGAGUUGUUUUCGGCGACGCGGCGUUUAACGGCGAACCGGCGAGCGCGAACCAGGUGCAAAAGAAGAAGUAUUGGGAGGCGUUUGGACCGGAGUUAGUUACGAACGGGGAGAUGGAAGCGAGUUGGAAGGAAGACGGGGCUGUCAUGCGCGUAGAGUUGGAGGGUGAAGAAGGCGACGAAGGCCCGACGUUUGGGUCUGUCAAGUGUGAGUCGCUGACGAACGCCUUGGUCGGUUAA